AUGGGCAAUAAACCUAGCCACGUUGUCAUACGUCCACAAUUGUACCGAUCACAAACCCAUAAACCGGACGACUCAAUAAAACCGCAGCCCAGAAGGGGCUCCAAUCGAAUCGGCGUCGGCGACGUUCCCGAUGUAGAUAGCCUGCAAAUUUGGGAUUUAAAUCAUAUCAAGUUAGCGGAUAAGCAGCCUACAUACCGGUCUCAACCUGUUGGUGAUGGGCCACCGGGUAGGUCGAGAACCUCUAAUAAAACGCAGCUCACUACUUAUGAGCGCUCCUGCACAUACCGAAGGAAAUUGUAUUCCGAAUCUUUACCCAAAAUAAAGAAAGUUUCACUUGACUCCUGCCGACCACCUCAAAGAACCCCAUCCUGCACACGCGCUGGAUAUCUACCUCCCUUACCCAACGGCAUGAUAACGGGGCGACGACCAGCACCAAGAGGUCGCUACUUUGUUGACAAUCCCAGCAACGUGGUGCGACCGAGAACAUCUUGCGCAAUGCUGAGUGUCAGAUCAAGUAACGUAUCCGCGCCAAAAUAUGCCUGCCGUCAGCAAUGGAACGACAACAACUGGGCCGAAAGCGAGAGUGCAUGCAGUGGCGCGUCCUGUUCAGCGGCGUGCAGUCAAGCAACCCCCACGGCCCUACCCAAGCUUACAAACAUGCGCAAUCUAUUGGAUAGGUUUGAGGAGGAAUUCAAGGUCAGUUCCGCGAGCCUCCGACAAGCCAUGGAGGGUCUCGUAAAUAAUGAGCUUCUGGUAGGACGGUCGCCAACAGAUCAGAGGCAGCUCUUGGCGAAUGCUGAGGAGAGUGUUGUCUCUGUGCAGAUUUUAUUGGCAAAAAUGCAUCAGCAUAUUGCGCACGCUCAUGAGUUCUGUAACAUGCUACACCGCAUUGACGAAUCACUACAAACCUUCGCAAAGGCCGUCUGUGCUGUGACUGCCUGGGAGGAGGGACAAGAUUAUCAAUCAGACCCGGGUCGCGGAGUCGGAGCGGCAGUCGCGCCAAUCGCCCGCCCGAGGAAGACGACCGACGGAAAAAACUGUAAAUAA